AUGGCCCCCCUCAAAGGCAAAUCAUUGAACCUCGUUAUUGGCCUCGUUGGUGCUGUCGGAUUCAUACUACAGGGUUACGAUCAGGCAGUGGCCAAUGGACUGUUGACACUAGGCUCUUUCAUCGCCGUCUUCCCUCAAAUCGACACCGUGCAUACUAGCGGUAGUGAGAAAGCCCACAACUCUACAAUUCAAGGCACAACGGUCGCAAUCUAUGAAGUUGGAUGUGCACUAGGUGCUGGUUCCUGCGCCUUUCUAGGUGACAGACUUGGUCGUCGCAAGACCAUCUUUCUUGCCGGUUGCAUAGCACUAGUUGGUAUAACAAUUCAAGCAAGUCCCUUCUCACUCGGUCAGCUUAUCGCUGGCAGAGUCAUUACUGGUCUCGGUGUCGGUGGCUUCACCGCUACAAUCCCCAUGUAUGUCUCCGAGUCAUCUGGAGCAGAGGCCCCUGGCGUUUUCCUAUCGCAUUUCAAGGCCUUUUUGGGUCUCGUUGUUGUGGUGUGUAUCAUGCUCCUACCCGAGUCUCCUCGCUGGCUUGCACGCGUCGGACGUUUCGAGGAGGCAGCUGGAGUGCUGGCCCGCAUGGAAGAUGUGCCAGUCGACUCUGAGCAUGUCCUACAGGAGCUGGAAAUUAUUCGACAGUCACUUGCGAUUGACGAGAACACCGAAUCGGCAGGAUCCUCUUCGCCAUUUGCGCCCACGAAGAAUCGCCACCUGCAUCGUACUGUCAUUGCUGUUGGUGUGAACAUCCUGGCGCAGAUGACCGGUGUCAACAUCAUCACUUUCUAUUCCGAUACUAUCUUCGAGUCCGACCUGGGUUACUCAGGUACACUCUCACGAAUCAUCUCCGGAUGUCUGCAAAUCUGGCAAUUUUUGGCUGCCGGCCUGGCCGUUCUACUAAUUGACCGUCUCGGACGUCGUCCACUGCUUAUUGCUGCCACUGCCGGUAUGACCAUUGCCCAGGCCUGUCUGGCCGGGCUAUCAAGCAACCUUGGAAAUCAUUCCGCUGCUGGCGCAUCACUCCUGUUCUACUUUGUAGCGCUUUUCUGCUUCCCUAUUGGACUUUUCCUUGUCCCAUUCAUGUACGCUGCGGAGAUCGCACCGCUACGCACCCGUGCUAAGGUUACUGCUAUGUCGGCUGCAUCAAAUUGGCUCUUUAACUUCGUGUUGGCAGAGGUGAGCCCAGUCGGGUUCGCUACUAUUCAAUGGCGGUAUUACAUUGUCUACACGUGCAUUAGUGCCUUUGCUUGUGUGUGUUUCUACUUAUUCUGCCCUGAGACGAAGGGCCGUACACUGGAAGAGAUCGAUGAUAUUUUUGUUCAGUCGAAGUCUGUCUUCGAUACUGUUCGCGUUGCACGGGAGUUGCCUUGCCAGGCGGAGAUUCUGGCGCAUGUCAAUGAUGCCGAGAAGGGUGGGCUGGAGGCUAGGCAGGUGGAGAAUCCCUAA